UAUGCACUAUAUUCAUAUAAUUGACCCGCUCCCUAAAUCAUUUAUGUUGGGUACCGUAACGAUAACAAAUGUUGUUUUAGGUGGACGUAAAGAGAGCAUAGCUAUCAGAUUGAUGUAAUCACCGAGCAGGUGGAAUUAACAAACGAUGCUGGUUUUCUAACUACAAUGAAAAGUGGAUUAAUUAAUUAACACACCUGAUCAUGCUAAUGAACAUCAUGGUGAGAGGAUUAACAAAAGUGUUCUUGAUGUUAAUCGGAACAACAUGUGUGUAUUCGGCAUCUCUUGAAGCUGAAAAAGCGUCUGAGACGGUGACACUAAAGUUGUAUCAGUACAGCACCGAAAAGUGGGCUACUAAUAGUAAGGCGUUGCCGCUGCAGUCGCGGGUCGCGGAAGACGCCAACACUUACUGCCAGACGUCGCCGGCGUCGUGCGGACUUCUGUACUGGAAUGCGUCUACAGUGUUUUCUAGUUCCGAUGUUGGAAUAGCGACUACAAAUAAAGAUAAAAACUUGGAGGUGACGAUAUACAUCACGUUUCCCGCCGAUUUUAACCUGUCGUCUGUAUCACCUACCACCUUCGUGUUGAACAAGGCGGCAUCAUACGACAUCGUGACGGCUAAUAAAGCGGGCAUUGAGACGGCUAUCGGCCUGCAGGUGACGUACAUCGACAGCACCUACUACGGCAUCAAGGUGUCGAUGAAGGAAAACCAGAUCAUCAUCCCCAUCGCCUUCGCCGUCGUCAUCGCACUCAUCGUCGUCGUCGUUACGAUGCACAUCUGGCAGAAACGGAGGACGAAGAAGACUCGAAGUCUCAGGAGACAGGAAAAACAUCUUUCGGCGAGCAAAGUGUCUCCGGAGAAACCAGCCUAUCAGCAGACGUACAAUGGAAACUGGAACCAGGAGAACACACACCAGGGGGGCCACGUAAACUCGUCCCCGACUAGAGUUACGGCCCCUGUUAUCGUGAACAGCCUGAACGAGUUCACCGAGACCUCGUCACAGGUUGGCUAUCCACUACCUCCGCUCGAAAACGAGGACGUCAGGAGAGAGAGAAAGAAGAAGAAGAAGACAAAAAAGAAGAAGAAACACCGAGAGGAGAAUCAGGACGUGGGUUCGGACAGCGAGAACAUGCCCCCCUCGUACCACGGAAGCACGGCCAACACCCAGCAGACGACAGUAGACAUGUAACCCUUUUCUGCUGUAGCAGGGGUGAUUGUUUAGCCUGGUUGCCAUAAAAUCUUAAACAUGCCGCAGAUUAGACAAAAUUUAAAGAUUGUUUUAUUUAACGACACCUCUUGAGCAUAUUUAUUAAUUAAUCAUCGGCUAUUGAUUUAAAAAAUGGUUUUGUUUGACGACACCACUAGAGCACAUUGAUUAAUUAAUAAUCGGCUAUAAGAUAUAGGAAUGUCAAACAAGUCUGUCAUAUAGUCUUCAGGAGAAACCCAACAGUUUUCCAGUAGCAGCGACGAGUCUUUAAUAUGCACUUUCCUACAGACAGGACAACACAUACCACUGCCUCUGAUAUACCAGUCGUGGGGCACUGGUUAGGAUGGGGAAAACCCCAUUAGAAAUUGUGUCUACUGAGAGGGUUUGAUUCUACGACCAAAGAUCCUCAAGCGUGCACUCUUACUGACUUAGCUAGAUCCCGCCACCCAGACCAAACGAGGACAUAAUGUUGCCAUACAAUUGAAAACAGUGGCGGAUCCAGAAAAUCCAUUUGGUGGGGGGGGGGGGGGGGGCAGUGACAUGAGGUGGAAUGCCAAGGGAACUUUCGGAGGAGGUAUGGAGGGGGAUCGUAAAUAUAUAUAUAUAUAUAUAUAUAUAUAUAAAACUAUAGCAAAAUUUAGGGGCCGGGCCCAUGCAGCCCCCCACCCCCCAGUUUCGCCUCUGGAAAAAUUGUGUAUGUCGAGUUUAACAUCCCCGGUCUGUCGCAUGUCCGUGACAGACAGUCAGCGACUAUGCUUGCAUGAAACUUGUCUUUAGCUUGCAACAAUCUGCGACGUGUUACAGGUUUUAUGGGAAGCAUGGUUUAGAUAGCAGAAGACUGUUCUAUGACAGCAACGCGACUGGCACCUAGACAGCUAGCUAGAAUUGUGAUUUUACAACCACUGCAAAACUACCAACAGACACUGCAGACGACAACUAGAUUAGCUGACUUUCAAUCACUAACUUUGUUACUUAUCAACUAAUUUAGAUACUUUCUAGUAAAAUAAGACGACUAAAAGCAGACGACAGCGAACGUGGCUAUAUUUUAAUGACAGCAACGAUACUGACAAUAGACGAAAACUAAAUUAGUUACAUUUUAAUAACAGCAAAACUGAUGAUUGAUAAAUGAUGAUGAACUAUAUCUGUAACUUUUUACCAUAGCAACGAAACUGAUAGGAGAUGAUAUGCAUUUUUUAUGACUUGUUUUUGUGUAGCAUCGCGACUAAUUUAACAUACAGUAAUAAUAGAUGAAAUAGAUAAUAUAUGUCACCUUUUUACCUAGCAAUAUGAUCGAUAAAAGAGCGACACAGUAUUUUGUAUCGUAACUUUGUUUUUAUACAUCAUUUCUUUCACAGUCGAUUUAUUUGCAUGUAUAUAAGUCCAGCUUAAUUUCAUAGCCGAUGUAUUUGUAUUUAUCUAAGUCCAACACAAUUACAUAAUUCUUUGUCAUAAAUGAAGUGGAUUGCCUUUAGAAUAAUGCCUUUUCUUGAAAUGAAACAGCACACAAUACAGUUUCUACACAUAACCAUGAGAAAGGAAUGACAAUUUCAGCCAUUGCAUACAAUUCUGGAAUUGCACUAUUGACCAAGGAAAAUAUGUGUUUGCUAUGAUGAGAAUUUGCAGACGUAACUACAAAUAUAAUGAAUGCGCCAACUGUAACUGUUACUUUCCUUGAUAUAUUUGACACGAAAAUGUUAGUGAUAUUUAAACGUUAAAAACACAAUAGUACCUAUCAUAAUCAUAUCACGUUUAGGGUAUAAAGUGGAAAGGGGCGGGGGUGGUGUUAAAGAAACCAAUAGCACAUGUUAUGUUAAAAUUAUAAAAUGGAAGGGAACAGAGGAAGGAGAGAGGUGUGUUAAAAAAUCAACAAUAGUAGGCUACAUGUCAUGUUACGGAUGUAAAGUAGACGCAGACUGUGGUAUUGGACCAGCUAAAUGAACAACGAAAACUAUAGUGCUUUGUAAUUUAUUAUGUUGUAAUUGGAAAAACGAGAGUGUGUGAUUUUAUGCAUACACACUAGCGUUUAUACAACGAACAGCAAACGAAGCGCACGAAUACGACUGUACCGUAAUUUAAUUAAUUGUUUAGUUUAGUUAUCUGAAACACGCAGACGUUUGCAAUUUGAAAAAACGUUAACGUCAAAAACACGUUCUUGAUCAUUAGUCAGGGUUUCUGCCAGAGGGUAAAAUGGAUAUGGCGCCAUACCCAAAUUUAUUUGCAGAUUUAAAAAAAAAAAAUUAAGUUGACCUUUUGACAAAAUUAAUGACUUAUCAUUGCUGUAUGAUUUUCUUAACCCUAAACCUAACCCAUUUUCUUUCUGGGGGAGGCCUUCCAUAGGCCUACCCCCUAUUCAUUCAGCACACACAUUGUAAAUAUUCAGUUUCAUAGCGCCAUACCUAACAAUUUCUUUCUGGCAGAAACACUGUUAGUAUUAGGAUUAGCCGUAAUUGUUAAACGGAAUGGUUGUAAAAUGUUAAUAAAGUUGUAAACUAAAAUAGACUCUCAUUUGAAAAAAACAAAAAUGGUCAGUGUUGUACUGUGGCGGAUCCAGAAAAUCCAUUUAUGGUGUGUGUGUGUGUGUGUGUGUGUGUGUGUGUGUGUGUGUGUGUGUGUGUGUGUGUGUGUGUGUGUGUGUUUGCGGGGGCAAUGGCAUAUGGUCGAAGGCCACAAACAUUCCCGAAGGCAUUCCUCGGAUUCUCCAACGUAAAAUUUAAAAAAAGAAGCAAACAUUAGAGGGAUGCGAGGCCCUGGAAUACCCACUUAGAUCCGCCUGUUGUAUUUUAACCGUUAAUGUAUUUUUACCAUUGAUUGUAUUUAUUUUAUAGCGACCUACACCUGUGCGUUUCUUUUGUUUCUCUGUAUAUAUUGCAAACAAGACACUUACGAAAUUAAUUAAAAAGAGGGUCAUUAUUGUUUUCCACUUGUGCGUUUCUUUUGCUUUUCAGUGUACUAUGGUGUAUGAAUUGUUUCAAUUAAUUAACAAUGUUAUAUUAUUCUGUCGUAUGCAUGACCUUAUCAUAAUUAUUUAUAAUAUACAUAAUGUACUAUUUGUUUUAAUAAACAUUAUUUCACUU